AGAGAGAGAGGGAGGGAGCGUUCUCUCCGGGUGCACUUGGCAGUUAGUUGCGGGCUGCUGUGCUGUUGCUGUCGUGGCGGUGUGGCUAGUCGCGGGGAACUUUAGCACACUGGAGCCCGAAGUCCCACUCUCUCACCUGCGCAGUUUGGAGCUGCCAUGGGUCUCGCGCCUGGAUUUACAAUCUUAAUCAUUCUGCCGGCCUUUCUUCACACGAGCGGCCUGUAUAUCGCCAGUAGCGUAGACUCCCUGCAGCAUGUCCUGGGGGAGUAUGGACUGGUGAGGCCCGUGAGCGUGGACGCAGACGGCCACUUCUUGUCCCACGCUGUGUCAGCCGGCCUGGUGGGUGCGGGGCAGUCCCGUAGGCGCUGGAGGAGAGAGGCUGGAGAGAACGGGGGAGAAGGAGAAAGAGGUGAAGAAAAAGAGGGAAUGUACGAGGAGGAGGACGGUGGGCCCCGACACAGACAGCUGUAUUACAACGUCACCGUCUUUGGCCGGGAAUUCCACCUGCGUCUGCGUCACAACGCGCGACUGGUGGCCCCCGGAGCCAAGAUGGAGUGGCAUGACGAUGACGACGGCAACGGGACAGCCACGCGCUCCGAGCCACUGCAGGGAGACUGUUUAUAUGUGGGUGAUGUCACAGACACGCCCGGAACCACCGUAGCCAUCAGCAACUGUGACGGCCUGGCUGGUAUGAUCAGGAUGGAAGAGGAGGAGUUCUUCAUCGAGCCGGUGGAGAGGGGGAAUGGAGUGAUGGGGGAGGAGGAGGGAGGAGGAGGGCGACAACACAUCGUCUACCGCUCUUCCUCCGUGAAGAAGAUGCCAGUCAAUGGCCCCGCUGCAGGCUACCACUCUAGAGGUGCUGACCUGCCUGGUCUGAUAGACCUCGAGUCCCUGUAUCGUGGUGUGGAGCAGAGUAUCAACCAGACCCGAGCCCAGAGACAGAGGAGACAGAGUCCAGAGAGAGCCUACAACAUCGAGGUCCUACUCGGGGUGGAUGACUCCGUGGUCCAAUUCCAUGGCAAGGAACACGUCCAGAAGUACCUGCUCACGCUCAUGAACAUCGUGAAUGAGAUUUACCAUGACCCCUCUCUGGGAGCCAGGAUCAACGUGGUGCUAGUACGAAUCAUCAUGCUAGGCUAUGGGAAGUCUAUGAGUCUGAUAGAGUUGGGGAACCCGUCUCAGAGUCUGGAGAAUGUGUGUCGCUGGGCCUUCCUGCAGCAGAAACAGGAGACAGGAGAUGCAGAGUACCACGACCACGCUAUCUUCCUCACACGACAGGAGUUUGGGCCUACUGGCAUGCAGGGCUAUGCUCCAGUAACAGGGAUGUGUCACCCAGUGAGGAGCUGUACUCUGAACCAUGAGGAUGGCUUCUCUUCUGCCUUUGUGGUAGCACACGAGACGGGACAUGUGCUGGGUAUGGAGCACGACGGCCAGGGGAACCGCUGUGGAGACGAGGUGCACAUGGGGAGCAUCAUGGCCCCGUUGGUCCAAGCUGCCUUCCACCGCUUCCACUGGUCCCGCUGUAGCCAGCAGGAGCUGGGACGUUACCUACAAUCCUACGACUGUCUCCGUGACGACCCCUACGAACAUAACUGGCCAUCCCUGCCCAGACUUCCUGGUCUGCACUACUCCAUGAACGAACAGUGUCGCUUCGACUUCGGCGUGGGCUACGUAAUGUGUACCGCGUACCGGACAUUUGACCCCUGCAAACAGCUGUGGUGCAGCCACCCUGACAACCCCUUCUUCUGCAAGACCAAGAAAGGACCGCCAAUCGACGGAACCAUGUGUGGGGACGGGAAGCACUGCUUCAAAGGUCACUGUAUCUGGCUGACCAAUGACAUGAUAAAGCAGGACGGUGGGUGGGGUGUGUGGAGCCAGUUUGGGUCCUGCACUCGUACCUGUGGAGGAGGGGUUCAGUUCAGAACCCGCAAAUGUGAUAACCCCAGGCCUGCUAACGGAGGUCGUACCUGUCUGGGUGCUAACCACCAGUUCCAGCUGUGUAACAGCCAGGAGUGUGAGGAGCUGUACAGUGACUUCAGGGAGGAGCAGUGCCGUAGGUUGGACCCUGAGUUUGAGUUCCACAACAACAAACACCACUGGCUUCCUUAUGAACACACCGAACCUAAGCAGCGCUGCCACCUCCAUUGCCAGUCCAAGGAGACCAGAGACAAGAUCAACAUGCAGAGGCUGGUCCAAGACGGCACGCUCUGCUCAUAUAGAGACCCCUACAGCGUGUGUGUGCAUGGGGACUGUGAGAAAGUGGGCUGUGACGGCGUGGUAGGGUCCUCCCAACAGGAGGAUAAGUGUGGCGUCUGUGGAGGAGACAACUCCAGCUGCAAGAUCAUCAAUGGCAACUUCACACGAAGUGCCAAGAAACAAGGUUUCCUCAAAGUACUUGAAAUUCCCAGAGGGGCCAGACACCUACUGAUCCAGGAGAUUAAGCCAACAGCCCACAUCCUAGCGGUGAAGAACCAGGCUUCAGGACAGUUUUUUCUGAACGAGGAGGGAGACCUCCCAGAAUCCCGUGCGGUCAUAGAAAAGGGCGUGGAGUGGGAGUAUGUGAAUAAUGGCCACGACAAGGAGACACUACAGACGAAUGGACCGCUCAGACACGGGGUCCUAAUCAUGGUGCAGUCCCAUGGAGAUGCCAAGGUGACCUUGUCCUAUAAGUACAUCAUCCACAUGGACCUUCUCUCUGCCAUAGAGAACAACAUGCUGCUGGAUGACACCUCCUUCUACGAGUGGGCCCUGAAGAAAUGGUCCUACUGCUCCAAGCCCUGUGGGGGAGGUAAGCAGUAUACCCGCUACGGAUGUAGAAGGAGAGCAGACAGUAAGAUGGUCCACCGACGCUACUGUGAGAACAUCAAGAAGCUUCGCGCCAUCAGCAGAGACUGCAACCUGAAGGAGUGCUCCCAGCCCAUCUGGGAGGAUGGUCCUUGGGAGCCGUGCAGUAAGACGUGUGGUAAAACGGGGUACCAGAUGAGAUCUGUUCGCUGUGUCCAGCCCUUAGACAACGGCAACAAGCGCUCCAUCCACAGCAAGUACUGCAACGAUGACCGUCCUGAGGCACGCAGACCAUGUAACAGAGAGCUCUGCCCUGCACAGUGGAGAGUAGGGUCCUGGACACAGUGCUCCGUGACGUGUGCCAAUGGGACACAGCAGAGGCAGGCGUUGUGUCACACGCGUGACAACACCAUUGGUCUAUGUCUGGACAGCAAGCCAGACACCAUACGCAUAUGUCGCCUGAUGCCCUGUCCCAGAGGCUCGUCAGACCUGAAUAAGAACGGCAACAUCCUGAUACAGUGGCUGUCCCGUCCAGACCCAGACUUGCCCUACCAGAGGAACACUUCACGCAAGCAGCGUUGUCAUGGAGACAGGUCAGUGUUCUGUCGCAUGGAGGUGCUGAUCCGCUACUGCACUCUGCCUGACUACAAGCGCAUGUGCUGCAAAUCCUGCAGCAAUGUGACGGACAGCAGCCUGAGCACCACCGCCCCUCCCCGGGUCACAGCUGUCCCCCUGCCUCGCCCCCGGCCUCUGCCUCAGCCCAAGGACAACAACACCCCCUUUCAGGGAACGGUUCAUCCAAGAAGUACAACACAUAUACCUUAUAUUACGCCACGCCCAAUGAGCACCACAGACACUUAUACAACACCCCACCCAUACUACACUACAUACCCCAUCCCCAUGACCCCAGAGCGCAGUGUGACCCCCAGAGACACAACCAGGAAGUACCCCUCAUUCACCCUCUCCACCAGCACCAGCAUAUACACUACAACUUCAAGCAGCCCUUUCACUGAUAUCACCUUUGUCAGCAAUGACACCACAGGUGCAUCAACCACAAUUCCCGGUAGCCUAUUCUCCAUGGAUGAUGUCAUAAAGCCAACUGAAACCAACUACUAUGAGGAUGUCACAUCGCCCAGUGGAACUGUCCCAUACACUGAUGUCACACUGCUCAGUGGAACUACUGUCCCCAGCGAUGACAUCAUAGAUAUGACCACCCCUGAUUGGCCGGAUUGCACAGAGUACAUAUCUCUGAGGGCCACUGUUCCCAUAACAGAGCAAACGACUGCCCUGCCUCCCACAACAACCAUCGCCACAAUGACAACAAAAAACAAAAAACCCACAUGGCCACCAAGCCGCCAGGAGGAGACCAGAGAGAACAACUCCAUCGAUGAUCCCUACAACCGGGUCAUAGGAGUGGACAACGACAUCUCCCAAAACAACUUGAUCCCCAGACGAAGCCGUGUGUUCCUCAGGGAGAGAACACGGAACAAACGCAUCCAGGAACUCCUGGAGGAGAAGAGGAACUUUCUGUUGAGGAUGAAGCGGGCCCACAGGGGCACUGUAUGAUUACCUUUGACCCUUCCCUUCCCCUUUCUCUUAUAGAGAUUUACCUACGUCUGCUAACAGACUGGAGUUAUUAUUUAACCCUUAACCUGCCUUGGUGCUCUCUAUCAGGCAAAGACCCACCACACACCCAGAGCCACGGUACAGACAUACCACCCUGUUGUUUUACACACACACACCAGCCAGCCACACGGCAAACUGAACUAUGUGGAGAGAGAACCAGAUGUUUGCACAGUUGUUUUGAAUAAAAGCUGUUGGUCUUGUUGUACGGCUGAGAGUAGAGCCAGAUGAUAUUUGGACCGUACUUCCUCCUGGAUCCGUACCACAACAGGGGGAACUUGUAUCUCUCCAAACCUCCCCCAGUGUGCUUAGGUUUCAGAGCAAGGCAAAUGCAGUAAAGGUGUAUUCUCUUUCAUAAGCAGCACAUACCUGGAUAAGCUCAGGUUGUGAAACGUUGGACUUUCAGGACAUUCAUGUUGAUAAAGCUCAAAGUAGAUUUUAUUUAUUCUAUUUAAAUGAAGUCUUAUUCCCAAGCACCAUGCCAGGACCUAGGUAAACUUGCUCAUCCCGAACAAGUCUAACAUUCCAUGUUAGAUUACAGCCUAUGGCUGCAGUUGAUAUGCCCCUCUUUGAGUCAAACAGACAUGAAUAGCAGUCUGGUCCCAUUGAAUGAGACAGGUUAGAUAGGAAGUGUCCAUAUGUGUCUUUGUCUAGGGGUACGUCCCUAAGGGCCAUGGUCCGAAGUAAUGUGCUGUAAAGGGAAUAGACUAGGGUUGAUUGCCGAGGUUUACCGGGAUUUACCGCCCAAAACCACUCCCUUUUCUCUGGAUAAAUAACUGCAAGAAAUCUGUAAAUCAUAAUAAAUGAUUCAUAUGAACAGCAUGGCAUGAAAUGGAACUAUUACAUUAUAUACAAUGUCUAAAUCUGGCUUCUCUACAGCCUCUGCAUAAUGAAUCAACGCUCAGGGUGGGGACAGACCCAUCUCAGUGUGGAGCGCAGUUCACAAUGCAUGUACACCUAUCAUCUCAUUAUGGUAACUUGUGACAGGUAGGCCUACAUUUGCUGCAGCCUAGCCUAUGCUACAGUAAAAUAAAGACCGAAUGCGUGUCUCAUUUAUCCAUCUCCA